AUGGAACGCGUAUUCAUUUUCAAGACUGUGUCAAUGACCGAACUUGACCGCGAGAGGAACAUGAUAAAGAAAGAACGACGCGCCAAUCGCGCAUAUAUAUACAUAGCUCGACUCGUGAUCAUUUCGAACGCCCUUGCACAACGCGCUUUCCCAACUACUCUCUCAUUCCUCUCUCCGUCGUGCCUCCAAGUUCUUGUACCACUCUAUUCUGGAACUCGAGUACCGCGGCCGGUCGCGAUGUUCAGUUUAAAUGAACCUGCGACCCCUCCUCCGACGAUCGAGGUGUGGCACCUCUUACCUCUCGCCUAUCAACGUCUGGCGCCUGGUGCGAAUUCGUACGGUACGUUUAUAGCACCGCCGAGCAUGUUGGCUGUGCUCGCGAUGCAGUGCAGGCGCACAGUGACUCUAUUAAAGCCGCACUCGCCUCAGAGGAAUUCUAAUCUUCCUUCCCCCACUUGCUGUGUUGAAAUCGAGGUGCUUCGGGGGAAAGCAGCAAUGACUCGGUUAGAUAUCGUCGACGAAAUUGAUCAGGCUUUUGAGCAACAUUUUGGCAUUAGCGCGAAGUUCAUUAGCGACAGCAUUCACUGUCUAAAUCCCUUUGAUCCGCAGGAAGAUACCAAUGACAGAAUUGAACAGGCUAUAACUCGAUAUAUGCGCUAUAGCGAAAGCUUCAUUAGUGACGUGAUUCGCCGUCUGAACCUCUCCAAUCCACAGGAAGAUGUCAUCGACAGAAUCAAACAGGCUGUCGAUCGUUAUUUUUGUGCUAAGAUCUGUGACAUGAUUGACCGCUCGCUCCUCCUCGAUCCACCCGACGUGUGUAAAGUUUCUCGCAGGGAAGACAACAGCUCCGGUGCAGAUAUUGAAGACUCGUGUCAUGAUUACCCAAUGAAUGUAGAAAUGUUCUCCAACGCUCAAAAUAUGUCAAUAUGCGACACAGUCAUUAACAAUGCUGGGCGUGAUAUAAUAAUUAACAAUCACAACACGUAUUGUGACUCGGAACCGUCUUCUCGGAGUGUUCUAUCUCAAUUCUCCAAUUUCUUCUCGAGUGCUAGAUCGCAUAUCUUUCAGGCCGCGGAAGUGCUCAGGUCUAUGCUACCAUCUGGUCUUUCAACAACGCCCGAAAUACACUUGGAGGAAAAGGUUGCCGAAGAUGCCCUCAAAUAUCCACCUUUGCUGCAUGCCAAGAUCCUCUUGAGCAAAACUUCCCUGUGUAUACAGGGAUUCGUAUCCCAGACACUGACGAGUGUUCGAUAUUCAUUUUUCUGA